AUGUACUUAGUAUGUGGUGAUUCUACAACUGGAGUGGCAGAUCCGCCUUCAACGUAUAAUGGCAAUUUAGAUUCUAAUUCAAACACCGCUUACAUUAUGACUGACGAUGCUGUAAAGUUCAGUUGCUGUGGUAUGAUCAAAACAUGGAAGUUUUAUGCUUCAAGAUUAGGAACAAUCAGACUGCAAGUUUGGAGACCUGGGUUUAAUACAAACUUUACACUAGUUGGCGAAAAUACUUUUGUAGUCCCAGUUGAAGCCACAAAUCAAGAAAUCCACUAUGAAGUCGCCGAAGAACAUCGAAUUCAAAUUAAAGAUAAUGAUUACAUUGGAUGGCAUACAACGGCAAAUGAUAUGAUACCGUAUGCUUCAGGAUACUCGAGUCCAGAUAACACAUACUAUAGGAGUUCAAGUGUGUCGGUUGAUUGGACAUAUGCCUUUACGUCUAACUAUGACAACCGGGUUUAUGCCAUUGUUGCCGUAGUUACUGCAAACAAGAAACCUUACUUUGAUAAUAUUCCCUCUCAGAUCCACGUGUUUGACCAUCUGGGAAUCAACGAUGUUGUGUGGACACUUGAUCCUCAAGAUACUGAAAAUGAUGACUUCUCAGUGUACUUAUCACUGACUAACACUUACUUCAAACUAAGUUCAAAUCAAAUAAAAGUGAAGUCCAGUUUGAGUACCACCAAUUCAUUUCCAACGUCCUUGUCUCCACGGAUCACAGACUCUUGUGGUAACAGCUCUGACACAAUUACAUUUAGAAUCAUCGUAGAAAACCAGAAACCCAUCAUAACCUCAUUGCCAACGUCUGUUGAAAUCCACGAGAACAAUCAAGCUGAAACGCUUUUACAUACAAUAGAUGCUGAAGAUGGCGAGGCUUUGGUCUGUGAACUUCAUAGUGUUCUUCCAUUCAGUAACGAUACAGUUUUUGAGGUUAAAGAAACAUUAACUCCUGGAGAAUAUGGCAUAUACUAUGUAUAUAUUCCAAGAAACAGAAGCCUUGACUAUGACAAAGUAGUCAGAUAUGACGUCAGUGUCACUUGUACAGAUGGGAGACAACCCUCUGAUGAAGGACAUUUAAUGGUUUAUGUAAUUAAAAACAUACCACCUGAAUUUACAGACCUUCCACGUGAAGAGAUCCUGCCUCAACAGUCAACAAGUUCCGGGUUUACGAUUCCUAUUGUUGUGACUGACGCUGAUACUGCUACGACGUCACUGUCAUAUGGAAUUACGUGUGAACCUUCAGCGUCUUGUCCUUUCUCCCGGACAACAACAUCAACAGGAGCCGAUAUAAAAACCACUGUUGAUUUUUCCACAAUACAAGUACCUGCUUUUGAUAUCCAUGUAACAGUGAAUGAUGGAGACACUACAGUGGGAGCAAAUGUUCUCAGCGUUUAUGUAGAAAACAUUAAUGAUAUUCCUGUUUUCGCAAAUGCUGAAUCUGACUUAAAAAUCGGGGUAGAAGAAAAUACUGCUGUAGAUACACUUUUAUAUACAUAUUUUACAACAGAUCUCGAUUCGGUAGACGUCGUUACUUAUUCAUGGACACCGACUACAAACUCUUACUUUGAUAUAGAUUCAGCAAGUGGAGAGAUUUCAACUAUUGCGGAAUUUGACUACGACAAUCUGUUUUAUGUUGGAUCUGCUACCAGCUUCCGGUUCGUUGUGAGAGCCACUGAUACAAAAGACACCGCAACAACAACUAUCACAAUCUCUAUUGUAAAUGUGAACGAUGUACCAACACUCAGUGAUACUCAUUACGUUUUAAAUGACACAGAGAACGUGGGAGAAACACUUCUGUCAUCGCCUAAUAUUGAUGCAUCAGAUCCAGAAAAUGAAACUUUAAGAUACACGUUGGACUGCAAUGGAUAUAAUACAACGUAUUUUGAAAUGGAAGAAAGUACAGGCGAUGUUUAUUUUGGCGGGGAUUUUGAUACUGAUAUUGGCCAUCCACCGGUCACGGAAUGUAAUGUGACCGUAACAGAUCCAGGAGGUUUGACAGACACAGCAUUUUUAACAAUUAACAUAGCAGACACUAAUGACUUUACACCGAUAUUUGAGCGAGAUUACUACAAUGUAUUCUUAUUUCCGACCGAAGAUAUUGGAACGAUACUCAUCAAUGUAUCGGCAUCUGAUGGGGACAUUACAGAAACUUGGAAUACAAUAACCUACGGCAUGGAUCAAUCAAGUUUAGGGAAUAGCUAUUUCAAUAUCGAUGAAAAUGGAACAAUAUCUGUUGCCAUGGAUAUUUCUGCGGCCUUUAAUUACGGCCAGACAGUGAUAUUGACCUUAAGUGCAACUGAUGGUGGAGGACGUGUGGGAUAUUCGACCUUCUCACUGAUCUUUCCAGAGACAACUACAACAUCUACAACUACGACCGAACGCCCAUUUAAGACUGAAACGUACCCCGACAAUGGAUACUGGUAUUUAUUAGCAGGAAUAGUAAUGAUGAUGAAUACAGUUUUGAUUAUCAACCUCUGUAUAAGAUAUUGCAGACCAUGUGCCGAAAUCGACAAAAGAACAGAAGCUCAGAAGAGAGAUGAAAGAAUAAAGGCUGCACAAGAAAGAAAAGCAAAAGUCAGAUCUGAUUUUUUUUCGACAGACGAUCCUUGGAGUGUGAACAAGUAUCAACGUAGCAAUGUGUCAGAGAAGCAAGACCCUGCUCCUGCAAUAAACAGAAAAAAUAAACGUAGUGAUGACAAAUCAGUCAAUAGUUCAGACCAAGGAAGCCAAGGCACUACAAACGCAAACAGAUCGUCAAUGGACUCAUUCGAUAGUUUAAGCUCUUCAAAGAAUCUGUUCCCGUACAAUCAACAGCCACAUCAUAUAUUUAAUCAUGACACUAGUAAGACAAGUAAAAGGAAUGUGGACCAGACGUCUCUGUGGUGAAAUAUUCAAUUGAAAACAAUGGCAAACUACAUUUUGUUUCACUGGCUACGUAAUGA